AUGGAUUCACUCAGACUAUCGUCUUUGCAAAUCAACGACCCAAUCAAGACCGCCUCUCCCGCGAAAUCUAAGAUCAGCAAGGCGAAGAAAAAGCAAGUUGAAUCGACUGGUUCAACAACUUCUGACAAUGUAGAUCCCGGUCAUGGAUCAUCCCAAGCUGUAGAGAUCGUUGCCUAUUCCCAACAAAGCCGCUUCCAUCGAGAAACAUUCGACGCCAGCGAUAUCGAUAUCGACAUUAAGGGGGUCAACGUCAGUGUUAACAACAAAGAACUCCUCGUUGAUGCCCAUCUGCGGUUGAAGCCGGGUGUGAGAUAUGGCAUGGUUGGCCAGAACGGAGUGGGCAAGUCAGGCAGUCUUCUGAACGAUUCUGACCUUCUCGGGUUGUUCCUUCGGCCAGUGUUGUUGUCUGUGCUUGGAAACAACGUGCUUGUUGGAUUGCCCCAGAAUGUACGGAUUCUACACAUUGCUCAGUUGGAAGAUUUCACUGCUGGUCGGACAAUUUUGGAAGAGAUCCUCGAGGCAGACGUUGAUCGCACGCGAAUAAUUCGAGAGGCACAAGCACUUCAGGGGUUUACCACAAAGGCGAACUCCGAUGCAGCUUUGAAUACGAUUAUCCACAAGCUCCUCGUCUCUCGCGCUGAAAUAGCGCUCGACAAGGCUCAAAAAAUUGCCACGAAGAGAUCUGGACAACGCGGGCACACUGCACGCCAGGCUUUGUUAGUCGCAGAGAACGACCUUGCCACUCUUCAGGCCCAAGAUCCACAGACAUAUGUCACCACACAAAUGGUCCAUGAUAUAAUGACAGAGGUGUUCGGUGCAUAUGAAGUCCUGGAUCUUGAAGCGGACGAAGCAAGAGCAAAGUCAAUCCUUCGCGGACUGGGAUUUAAAGAUGAAGACCUCUCCAAAGAAGGAAGGAAGAUUGGUGGGCUAAGCGGUGGUUGGCGGAUGCGAGUUAUGCUUGGAAAGGCGUUAUUCAUCAAGCCUGAUAUAUUGCUUCUCGACGAACCAACCAACCAUCUUGAUCUCCCCGCCAUUGUGUGGCUACGUUCAUAUUUGACGAACGAUGCGGAGGGUCAGACAGUUGUCGUCGUCUCUCAUGACCGGAGCUUCCUUGACGCUGUUACGGACGAGACGAUAAUUUUUAGGGACAAGAAACUGACUUAUCAUCCUGGAAACUACGACGAUUGGGAAAGAAACACAGAAGAGCAAAGGAAACGCAAAACACGCCUGAAAGAGCUGGAAAUGAAGAGACGAAAACAAAUAAUGGACAGCAUCCAAAAAAAUGUCCAGCAGGCUAAAUCGACAGGUGACGAUAAACGAUACGGACAGGUCGCAUCUCGUAAAAAGAAACUUGAAAGGAUGGGUAUGGAACGUCUGGAAGAUGGUAAAAGAUAUAAGAAAAGUUAUCACGGCUUCCAUGAUGAAAUCGUCGUUGAACAGGCGGUGAAGACUGCGCCUAUCACGCUGCCUCCGCCGGAGCCAUUCAAUUUUCCUGGGAGCUCGUUUCUUCAACUUUCCGAGGCUUCAUUUCGCUAUGAUCCUAAGCCAUCCUCUCCUAUGGUCAUUAACAAUGUGUCACUUGACGUCGGCCCUCAAGCCAGGAUAGGGCUUCUAGGUCCCAACGGUUGUGGCAAAUCCACCCUCAUGAACCUCCUUGCUGGGGAACUUAAACCCACCCUUGGUGAAGUGAAGAAACACCACCGACUCCGCAUUGGCUACUUUUCGCAGCACACCGUCGACCAACUCGAUCUCUCAGUGUCAGCCCUUCAACACCUGUCGAAGUCGUUCCCGGAUAUCGUCAUCACAGAGGGUGAAGCGCGCUCGCAUUUCGGGUCAUGUGGGAUCAGCGGUGAUCCUGUUACGCGUCCAAUCCGCACGUUGAGUGGUGGCCAGCGGAACCGCGUUGCUCUAGCACUGGUGACGUUUCAUCGUCCGCAUGUGCUGCUGCUGGAUGAAAUCACAAACCACCUUGAUAUGGGCACUGUCGAGUCGCUCGUGGAGUCUCUCUGUGAAUUCGAAGGGGCGUUGGUGGUAGUCAGUCACGAUGUAUGGUUCCUGAAGCAAGUCAUCGAGGGCGGGGAUGACGAUGAAGAUGACGACGAUGAUGAUGGGGAGAGACAAAAGGGCGUUCUGUAUACUGUGACGAAGAAGGGAGAGCUAAAGGAGUGGGAUAAGGGGUUGGAGGCAUACGUGGAGAAGAUACAAAGGCUUUCGACAAAAGCCUUACAAACCCGUGCUAUUAAAUAA